ACGCCCUGGAAGAAGAGAGCUUCGCGCUGUCCUUCUCCUCCGCCUCUGAUGCAGAAUUUGAUGCUGUGGUUGGGUGUCUAGAGGACAUUAUUAUGGAUGAUGAGUUCCAGCUAUUGCAGAGGAACUUCAUGGACAAGUACUACCAGGAGUUUGAAGACACAGAGGAGAAUAAACUCACAUAUACCCCCAUUUUUAAUGAAUAUAUUUCCCUGGUAGAGAAGUACAUUGAAGAGCAGCUGCUGGAGCGUAUCCCAGGCUUCAACAUGGCUGCUUUCACAACAACACUGCAGCACCAUAAGGAUGAGGUGGCUGGUGACAUCUUUGACAUGCUGCUCACAUUCACAGAUUUUCUGGCUUUCAAGGAGAUGUUCCUGUACUACAGAGCAGAAAAGGAAGGCCGAGGACUGGACUUAAGCAGCGGCUUGGUGGUGACUUCUCUGUGCAAGUCGUCUUCUACACCAGCUUCCCAGAACAAUCUGCGGCACUAGGUCCCACCUUCAGACAUGGUGUGAUCACUGUGAGGUCACCAGCCCAGCUGACUCAGAGAAGUAUGGGCUAAUGAUGACAGAUGCAUCAUGUCAAGUAUAGAUGAGUCCUGAAAACAUGACUGACCCUCCUGGCCCUUGUCCAGAAACACCUUCGUGUCCAUCCCUCCUCUCCCAAUGCAGGCACCUCUCCCAGGUGCUUCUGAGUGACUCCUGGAGCAGGCCCAUGUUGGCCACCUCCCCUGGGGGCCCUUCCCAGCAAUGUGGUAGUACAGUGUGUCAGCAGUGUGGACAGCACACCACCGUGAGCCCGUCACCUGGCAGGCUUUACAUGAGCUCUUGUGCGCUCACAGCUGUUUCUGCACAGGUCAGCUUCAGUCCUCAGCCUCAAUGGGGUUUUGUUUGGGAGGGUAUAUCUAGGGAGUUACUGGGUCCAGCUGCCUGUCCUGAUUUCUGAACCUCCUGAGAAAGAUGUCCUCUACCCACAAUCAAAAAGGAACUCCCGAUCUUACAUUAUUUGUCCUUUCAACAGCGAAUUCUGCUGGUCUUAGUUCCACUGUUCCUCUAAGACUCUAAGCAUUAUUUUCAAGAAACCUAUUUUUAUAGAUGAAAACUCAGGCUAAUCUAGUGAGUAUGAUCUUGGAACGCCCUUGAUCAACCACUUAAAAGAUCAAAGUAUUAUAUGCUGUGUGCUUUUUUAGUUGUGAGAACUGCGAGUGUAAAUCUGCUUUCCAAUUUAGUGCCCCUCUUCUUGGGUACCAGUGCAAACAGACUGUAUGCUAGAAACAGGCUGCAGCUCUGUCACAACAGCAUACUAAGUGUGUUUGUGCAUGCUUGUCUGCACUCCUGGCAUGACAGUGUGGUGUGCUAAGUGUGUUUGUGCAUGCUUGUCUGCAGUCCUGGCAUGACAGUCUGCUUGUGCAUGCUUGUCUACAGUCCAUUGUGUAGGCCAUUGAGCUGGGUUUUCUGUUGGAGUGUAGGGACUCUGCAAUUUGUUCCUGUCACAAUCUCUCCUUCCAAGUUGAUGCUUCCCUAAUCCAGCUCAGCCUGGGGAGAGGGGCAAUACACAGUUUUUUGGUCAUCUUUGGUGGACUGUCACCAACCAGAAAGCAUGUGUGUCACAUCUCUAGAAAGAAGAAAACAGUUCAAUUCUUAAUGUAUACUUUUAACUUUAACUUUUAUAGUAAAACUAAGAAUCCACACCAACUUUCCAUGUGACUAUUCUGAGUUUACAGGAUGUAAGCUAAGAGCUGUUUUUCUGUAGCAAUGUGUCUCUUUGUGCUUUUGUAAAAUGAGUAAAAUUUGAGGUGUUUGGCAAGAA